AUGCAGAGGGACCAGGUCUGCUUUUUACCAUCCGUACCUAUUAUUCCUACAUCUGUUGCUCCAGUCGUCACCCCGGCAGUGGCCUCGUCUUCAGAUAAUACCCCGGUGGACUCGUUUUCAGCUCACCAAGCUCCAACUCGGCAAGCAUUUCCCCCGUAUAAAACGCGGAAGACGUCCACAACCACGGCCACAGAGUCCGAAGUCAGCACUGAUGAAGGAAAGAUCACGGAUACCGAGUACUACAACUGGCGUCAGAGCAAGUCUUGCACUCGCAGUAGAAACCAAAAAGUCGUUGCUCUGCUCAAGGCAAAGAAGUCCGCCAACAAUGAUGAUCUUGACCUGGUGCUACGAUUUGGCUGUAAAAUAGUUACCACGGGUCUGACGCUGAUCCAGGAAAUCAACAAGAGCAUCAGCAAUGUCAAACCUUCUCAAGGACCAGGCAGACUAGUCGUCCUGCCUUGA